GAGGCUGCAGAAGAAGAGGACAACACCACCACUACCAAAGAAAUAGUUGGAACAGAGGAGAGUAAAGAUGUGGAGAUGAAUCAGGCGAUGGAGGAAGUAGGAGAUAACAAUGAUUCUCAAAUGGACACGAUCGAAAUAAAAGGAAGCACGACCACGGUAACUGUGUCAUGGGAGAAGAAGAAUGAGGAACAAGAGAGUGAAGAUGCUGAAAAGAGAACAAAUACAAGUGAUCAGAUGACUCACAAAGAAAUGGCUGAUGGAGAACCGGCUCAGACCGUCUCUGUAAGUGAUGCAGUGCGUUCCACAGAGGACGCUCCCAGCCAGAGUACUGAGACAAAGAUGGAGGAUGUGGAAGAUAAACAAGAAUCUCAGAUGAACACUGUCACUGAAGAAAACGAAAGUACGGCUACAGUAACUGUAACCUGGGAGAAGAAGAUUGAGGAAGGAAAGUGCAGCAAUAUUAAAGAGGAAAGCGAACAGAUGAUUGACAAAGAGAAGGCAGUAAAAGGGAAACGGAAAGCAGAAUCCACUGCUGAGACGUCCCCUUCCAAGAAAACUAAACUCAUCAACGAUGGUUUUUGUCUUUUUGUCGGCAAUCUGAAUAACUCCAAAAAAUCUGAAGAUGUCAAAAAUUCAUUAGCAAAUUACUUCAACAUACAAAGUCUCCUGGUUCAAGACAUCAGACUAGACCGGUCCAGAAAACAUGCGUUUGUGGAUUUGGCCUCAGAGAUGGACUUGACUAAAGCCUUGACAUUAAAUGGAGAGAUGAUCCUUGAUAAGCCAAUGAGGAUCGCCAAAGCAAAGGUCAAAAGUGAGGAAAAGGUGAAAGCUACACCGGAGGACAAAAAAGCGGCCAGAGAUGCUAAAUGUUUGUUUCUGAAGAACGUCCCGUACGAUGCAACAGAGACAGACAUUCUGAAAGUUUUCCCGAAGGCGAUCGCUGUCAGGUUUCCUGGUGGAGCUGAGAGCCCAGACAAAGGUAUUGCCUUUUUGGAGUUUAAAAGUGAAGCCAUUGCUAAUAAAGUAAGGCAGCACAAACAAGGCGCCAAGAUCCAAGACCGGGUUUUGAUUGUGGACCAUGUAGGAGAAACUCACAUGUCUAAAGUCAGCAAAGCUAAUGACAACAACAACAAAACAAAAGCUGCAGCUCCUCCAAACAACAUGUUGUUUGUGAGCAACCUGUCCUCCAACGUGAAAGAAAAAAACCUCAGGAAAGUCUUUCAGAGCGCUGUCACUAUCAAUAUACCUCAAAACAAAGGCAAAUCAAGAGGAUUUGCGUUCGUCGAGUUCUCAACCGUGGCAGACGCUGAAAAAGCCCUGCAGUCAUCGCAAAACAUUCAGAUCUGCAAAAGAGAGGUCAGAGUACAAUUCCGUGAAGGGAGAGAAAAGCUGGAGAAGGGAAAAGUCCUAUUAAAAACCCUGAUUGUGAUGGGCCUCGCUAAGAAGACGACUGCUGAGACUCUUAAAAGUGUCUUUGAGGAGGCUCUCAGUGCAAGAGUCACUGUAGAUAAAGAGACAGGAGUUUCUAAAGGGUUUGGUUUUGUGGACUUUGAGAGCGAAGAAAGCUGUAAAGCCGCCAAAGAAGCCAUGGAGGACUGUGAGAUAGAUGGCAGCAAAGUAACCGUGGCUUAUGCCAAACAAAAGGGUGAACGAGGCCGUCCGGUUGCUAGAGGAGGCUCGGCGGGGCGUCCUGGUGGAAAGCCUGCAGGGCGGGGGGUCGGUGGAGGCGGGCGUGGAAAAGCCAACAGAGGAGGAAGAGGACGUGGAGCUGGCAAGUCGAAGGAUGGUGUUAAAAAAGUGAAAAAAUAAACACUUGCUUGUCUCUCACUUGAAGAGCUAUCAUAUAUAUAUAUAUAUAUAGAGAGAGAGAGAGAGAGAGAGAGAGAUUUUUUUUUAAUCCUGAAAGCUUGUAUGAGCUCUUGAGACUUUUUACAAUCUGGUUGAAUGUACAGGUUGUGAAAAUGUGUUCAUUAUUCCUAAUUAAUGGUUCAUGUGACUUCUUGUCAUUUUAGUUGUCAUGUUUUGUACUUUGACCUGUUAAUUUCAUAACUAUAUGAAAAUAAUUACAAGAAACCCUGGUUUGUUUUCACAUUAUGCAUUAUUGUUAUGUGAAAGAUUAAAUCAGACAAUAUAACUUUGUAAUGUGAAGAUAAAUUUUAUUUAAAAACCAAA